AUGGCUUGCCCAAUCAUAUCUUCGCGGCGCCAUACCCUGAUGCUGCCAUUCCUGCUUCCAUCAUGGACAGAAGCCUCCACCACAACCCUCGUAUGCCAGAGAUACCAAUCAACAUUCCGUCGACUCAAACAACGUCUACGGGUGAAGCCUGACGCUUCAUUCAGCCCGCCUCCUCCUAAUUCCCCAGACCACAUCAUCUACAACCCCCCUUCUAGCGCCCCCUCCGUCUACCACACUCCAACCAAAUUCCUCCCCUCCGACGACGUCCGACGAAAACUGCGCGCCUUGUCACCUUUCGUAGACAAGCAACACCAUCAGCAGCGUCAGCUAGACCCACAACAACUCCCCCUUGUCCUGCGCCGUGCAAACCAGGCCAAACACAUCCUGAACCACGAGGAGAUCGCAGAGAUGCGCCAGCUGCGACUGGAGGACCCGAUGAAAUGGAGUAGGUACCAACUGGCCAAGCGAUUCGGAUGCAGUACCCAUUUCGUCAUGCAGGUGUGCAAUGCGGGUCCGCAGAAGAAGGCCAUCCAGCAACAAGUUUUGGAAGCUAUCAAGUCCCGGUGGGGGAAGAAGCGGACCAUUGCCAGGGAGGACAGACAACUGCGGAAAGAGUUGUGGGCGAGGGAUCAAUGA